UAACACCUGUUUUGUUGCCAGAAAAAAAUGGGAAAACCUAAUCUAACAAGUCUUUGACACUUCCCGUGAUUGCUUCAAAGUAAACUCAGCCUGGCAUAAUUUAUCUGGUAGGACAAAGGAUACUGACUUAUGUCGUGAUUGUGCAGUUCAUGCAGAAGUAAAAGCCAAGAAGUUCAUGCUUGGUGGUUAAAGUAUUCCACAGGCAAUGCAACCACACUGACGGCCGCAUUUGGCACUGCAACACAUGAUCAGAAUAUUUAUAUUGGAGGAAUCCGAUGAGCUAUAGAGCCCUUUUUCACAGACGUUCAGCGAGGGGCGAGUCAGAAUGUAAUUGUACACAAACCGUACGGCACUUUUUUUUCCAGACUGUGCCCUUGAUUGAGACAGACUGAACAAAACCUGGCACAUUCAUGGGCCAAUAAUCAAAACAGGGUGACCUUUGAAUUUAGAGAGAAAUAAAAAAACACGUGACAAAGUCUGUCUCCAUGCUGCCGUGAACCCAUGGCUGCGCGUGAGCUGUAGAACACAGCGUUUUCUGUAGUCAGCAAAUUCUCUCGCAUCUGCAGUGGAUUCCUGUGGCCCUGGAAACCCCAUUUGACCCUUUGGGCUUGCCCACUCUGAAAAAAUGUUUUGUGGAUGUUUUUCACCAAUGAUAUCCUAACCGUGUCAUCAUCGUGAUGAGAACAAAUACAUGUCCUAGAACUCGGCAGAGCAUCGCACCAUAUCAGGGAAUGGUCUCGGAACACAAAACUGCCAGUCUCACCGAGCAUCUGUUACUUAAUGCUAGAUGGCAUUCUCUUCACGUUUUGAAGAGUGAAUGUCCAUACAUCGUUUCAUGUGGAAGGAAAUCUCUCACAUUUACAGUCCAUUUUUUUCGUGACUUGCUAUCCACGAUUAUGUCCUCUGCACAUGAGCACCUUUCAGUUAUCCAUGAUGGUGUGGAUAAUAGGGGAAAACAAAUGGAGUUAUGGACAGGUGCCAAAUUAAUCUCGAGAUGAGACUUUUUCACCGACCGUGAGAUCUAGCAGAACGAAGGAAGUGAUGGUGUGAUCUCAUGAACAGCAUUUAGCUGUGAUGACCUCAGUGGUUAAACUUUCCCCCGCCAUAGUAAUGUGGAAUUGGCACCGCUGGCUCAGAGCUGAAAAUAGGAUAUGAGCACUGCCCCAGUGCGCAUUGGAACAGAAAAUAAUUUGGACUCUUGGUGUGUUUUGUGAAAGUGCACAGCUGCGCAGGACGAAGCCGGUGAAUCACCCUUUUAUGAAGUUCAGCACCAAGUUGUACAUAAAAGAGCUGGGCGGGUGCCACGGAGAGCGGGUGGAGCACGCCGCAUGCUCUCCGAUAAGGCAAUGGUGUGGCUACCUCAACCGGCCAAAGGUCGCUCCUCGACAUCACCAUUGGGGGUGGGUGGGGUGGCGGGCGGGUGAAUGACAGAGCGGCCCCUUUGCUCCUGCGACCCACCGCCACCUCCUUCUCCACGACCUCGGGGAGGCGGACCGACACCGCGACGCACACCGCCGCCGCCGCCGCCGCCGGUCGCCGGGACCACAGGCGCCAUGGGCCUCGCCGCCGAAAUCCACAGCACAGAGGAGGUGUGCGAAGGCACCAAGCGCUACACGGCGUUCAAAGUGGUGGUGACACAAGAGGGCUCCUCCUGGUCCGUCCUCCACAAGCACAGAGAGUUCAGCCGCCUCCACACUGUGCUGAAGAAGCAGUUUCCAGAGCUGAAUGUGAAACUUCCAUCGAAAAGCAUCUUUGGAAACACUCUGGACGGAGUUUUCAUUAAGCAGAGGAGGAACGGACUCAACAGCUUCAUCCAGAGGGUAGUCUCGGACCCGCACGUCUGUCAACACCCCGACGUGCAAGCCUUCUUACAAAUGGACCACCGCGGCAAGAAGCGCUCUCAGCCGGCUGCGCAGACCAACUCGAACCACAAUCUGAAUAAUGACUCUGACACGAUAAACCUCGGUCCGUCUGCAAACCCACAAGCCAAAACCACGGACUUUGAUUUCUUGAAAGUGAUUGGGAAAGGCAGCUUUGGAAAGGUGCUGCUCGCAAAGCACAAAACCGAUGGGAAAUUUUACGCGGUCAAAGUCCUGCAGAAGUCGGCCAUCCUCAAGCGCAGAGAGCAAAAGCACAUCAUGGCGGAGCGCAACGUCCUGCUGAAGAACGUGAAGCAUCCCUUCCUGGUGGGGCUCCAUUUCUCCUUUCAGACGGCCGACAAGCUCUACUUCAUCCUGGACUACGUCAACGGCGGAGAGCUGUUCCUGCACCUACAAAGGGAGCGAUGCUUCUCGGAGCAGCGGGCUCGCUUCUACGCAGCGGAGAUCGCCAGCGCCAUCGGCCACUUGCACUCGCUCAACAUCGUCUACAGAGAUCUGAAGCCAGAGAACAUCCUUCUUGACUCAAAGGGCCACAUCGUGCUCACGGACUUUGGGCUGUGCAAAGAAGGCAUCGAGCCCAAGGACACCACCUCCACCUUCUGUGGCACUCCAGAGUACCUCGCCCCGGAGGUUCUACAGAAGCUGCCGUACGACCGCACGGUGGACUGGUGGUGCCUGGGCUCGGUACUCUACGAGAUGAUCCAUGGCCUGCCCCCAUUCUACAGCCGGAACACUGCGGAGAUGUACGACAGCAUCCUGCACCGGCCGGUGCGCUUCCGGCCGGGUCUCGCAGCGCCCGCCCGCGACGUCCUGGAGCGUCUCCUGCACAAGGAGAAGCACCUGCGGCUGGGCGCCGUCGCAGACUUUCUGGAGAUCAAGAACCACGCAUUUUUCUCCUCCAUCAACUGGGACGACCUCUACGCCAGGCGCAUCACGCCCCCGUACAAUCCGGACGUGGCGGGGCCAUCGGAUCUGCGCCACUUCGACCCGGAGUUUGUGCGGGAACCGGUGCCCAACUCCGUGGGACGGUCGCCCGAUCCAGCCAUCGUCAGCAGCAGCGUCGUGGCCGCUGGGGACGCCUUCCUGGGCUUCUCGUACGCCCCGUCGGCUGACGACACCUUCCUCUAACGAACGAACAAACGAUGGCAGCUGCCUCCGUGUGAUGAAACUUCGAUACUAUUUAGCGGAGGGCGCUUUCCCCACCCAACGGUGAUGUCUCGCUGUAGCAGGGCGAAGCCUAAAAAAUACUCCCCUGUAACGGACGCUGCGUUCCUUCAGUAUGCAGCACCUCGCUAGCAGAGGACGCUUUGCUAUAAUGGGCUGCAGCCGCCCAUGAUAGACAGUGCCUCUUCAUAGCAUGCGGUACUGCUGUAAUUGACACCCAGCUGUAAUGGACAAUGAUCCACGUUUGUCUCCUGCCAUGACCCCUCGCCCGCCUCCUGUCAGAUCACACCUUGCUAUACCAUCACCCCACUUCUUUCUCAAACGCAUCAACCAAUGUGGCCUCCCUUUGACACUUCUGCCAAUGCCUCUCUCUGGCUACCAGAUGAGUGUGAAUAAUGAACAAAAACGUUAUAUUUUGAUUGAUUCGCAUCGUGAUUUCAAAUGUAGUAGAUGAACAACACCCAAUCGACAGUGAUGACAUGACAUUAUGAGCCUGCUUUUUAGUGUUUACUUCUAGUGGCUAAGAUAUAUCACUAAUUGACUUAUGUACACCAUUAACAAUCUUGAACGCGAUUCACUCCCAAUCGCACAGUAAUUUCUCUCGUGAAGCGUGAACGGGAGAGAGGUCUGUGCGGAAGAGUGAGCGUUCUGAUGCUGGCCAGGGCGGCUUGGUUAUGAUUGGAGCCAUAGAUCCCCACCCCAUGUAACCCGCGGUGGGGGUAGUGGUGAAUCCAAUAUUGUUGUCUCCGAGGGACAAUGCGUUUAAACGAGUUCUAAAGAACAAAACGAGAGGUCGAAUAAGACCGUGUCAUUUCCGUGACGAGUUUUAAGCCAGAAGGAUGGUGACCGGCAAUGCAUUCGCACGGCCACGAGUGGUAAGCAGAGCUGGGCCUGGCCAGCUCUGUUCAGCUGCGUUCAGCUGCGUUCAGCUUGGCCAACCAAGAGCCAUGUCCAUGAACGUCACCGUAUUACAGGCCACCGUCAGGUGGAGACUUGCAGGCCAUGACAUUAAUACCCCUGCCGAUCACUAAACCAUAUUUUAUUGCAACACUGGAGAAAGUUCUCAUACAUAUUGAUGUGUAUUUACAAGCAAACCUCAUCUAUUUGCACUAAUGCCUGGGGCCUUUGCAAAUAUUAGGAAGCUGACCUUUUUUUUCAAGUAGUUGAAUGUUUGUUUUACACUUGAAUGCACCCAGACAUAUGGAUAUGUUAGCACUGUGACUGAUAAAGUCUUAACACAACACAAAGUGCAUUCUUUUUACAAAAUGUAAUAUUGUGUAAUAUGCAAAUGCAAGGGGAUACAUGGCUAUAUUUUAUAUUUAGCAUUUUAUAUUUUCUUAUAUCUACACAGAUACGUAACAUUACUGUAAAGUGAAAAAGUGCAAAGUCAGAUUUCACAGUAGUUGGUAUGGGAAUCCAUGAGGUUUGCCUGUAAAUCAUAAUCUAUGUGCCUUUUACGGUAAAUGUAAUUGUAAAACAUCACAUCCACUUUCCAACCACUACCUCUCCCAAGCGGACCCAACAAUAUUCCUGCCACAAGAAUGCGCUCCCCUUCCCAGAUUGGACGUCAUCACCAUCAUUUAUUACUUUACGUGCGCUUCACAACGUCUCGCGUGUUAUGAAGCGCAUGUGAUUUAGGCCUCGAGGGAUAGGGUAAAGGAGAGGAGGAGAAUUUGGAACAGAGUUUAGCCGCAUGGUGGAAUGUACCGAAACUGAUCACGGCGCUCUGUAGGAAAACUCUGCGUCUCGUCAAGUCUGCUGACAAUUGUAUGCUUCACAGAGCGGCCCAAGGUGAGAUGAUCAACCAUCUCUCCAGCUGAGGGUAUUGACCCAUGAGUCAUUAGAAGUGGACGACACAACCCAUUGUACACGGGGGCUGGUGUCGUCAUGCAAAGGCAAAAUUACGUGGCACCUUGUAUUUGCUGUUCUUGGCAUGGACACUGGUGUCACGUCAACAUGAACAUCAGUUCACAAUUGGGAAGAGUCGAGUGUGACCUCAGGGCGCCAUGGUGACGAGAUGUUAACUACCUCGCCUGAUUUUCAGGUCGUGGUUUCGAUUCCGACGCUGACGUCUGCAUAUUUGGAGUUUGCAUGUGUC